CAAACGAUUGUAGUAGAUUAACGGCGUCGUCAUUUGACAGCCACAAAGUUUUUCCCUUGUACAAGAAAAAAUUUGUGAUUUUUGCGGAUUUCAAGACAAAAAAGGCACAACAAAAACAGAAAUAUUGUAAAAGAAAUAAAAUAAAGGUCAAUAUUUUCAGUAGAGACAAGCAAUGUCUCUGCCAAGUAACUACAAACAAAUUGCACCAGCUCAACCGGCCACACCGGCUGGUAGCACUGGCGGCGGUAGCAGUGGUGGUGGAGGUGGAAGAUCUCGCUCUUCUGGCGCUGGUUCCGCAUCGGAACGGACCAAAGACAACACUCCAAUAUUCACACAUAGCAACUAUAGUAAUCCGGCAUUUACUCCACUGAAAGCUGGCAAGUCAUCAUCAUCGAAAAAUCAUGUGGAAGGUCGCGGUCCAAAGCCCCCUAAGCCACCAGAGAAGCCAAUUCUACCCUACAUGCGUUAUUCCAAAAGGAUAUGGGACAGUGUUAAAGCCCAAUAUCCCGAUUUAAAAUUAUGGGAAUUGGGCAAGAAAAUAGGUGCGAUGUGGAAGCAGCUCACGGAGGCUGAAAAACAGGAAUUUGUGGACGAAUAUGAAGCCGAUAAAGCGGAAUACGAGAAAACAUUGAAAGCUUAUCAUAGUUCGCCGGCUUACCAAGCUUAUUUGGCUGCCAAAGGUAAGACUAAACUCGAUAUUGAUUUACACGAGACACCAUCCCGUGGUGGUGGCGGUGGUAAGGGUCAGCAAGAAAGACGUAUAGAUAUUCAACCAGCCGAGGACGAAGACGAUCCAGAUGAAGGUUACUCCUUCAAGCAUGUCGCCUAUGCUCGAUAUUUACGCAACCAUCGUUUGAUAAAUGAAAUUUUCUCUGAUGCUGUUGUGCCAGACGUCCGUUCAGUGGUCACCACACAACGUAUGCAGGUCCUGAAACGGCAAGUUAGCUCUUUGACAAUGCAUCAAACUAAACUUGAGGCGGAGCUACAGCAGAUGGAAGAAAAAUUUGAAGCCAAGAAACAAAGGAUGAUGGAAUCUAGCCUAGCUUUCCAAGAAGAGUUGAAACGUCACUGUAAACCAGCCGUCGAUGAAGAUACUUUCCAGAAAAUGGUGCAAAAGAUCUACGAAGAAAUGAAACGUGAACGCCAACGUUUGUUAGACGAUCCAAAUGCUGGUAAACUGCCAGCCAUAGGCGGAGGCCCGGUGGCCGCUGCAGCAGGUGGUGCUACAGCUCCAACGGCAACACCUGGCGGCGUUGAACCGAAAAAGGAUAAUCAACCUGCUGCACUGGCUCCAACCAUGACACCAUCUGGGCCUCCGGCAUCGGGCGCCGUAGCUAUUCCACCAAUAAAACCACCACAUGAAUCUGGCAGUAAAACAGACCAUGAGCCAAUGGAUAUUGAACCGCCAGUAAAACCAACAGCACCAAUUGCUCCGAAGCCGGAACCGAAGUUGAAUGAAAAUACAAGUAAACAGAAAGGAUCUUCAGAAUCGGGCAAAGAUUCACCAAAACCCAAGGGUGGAAAGAACUCGACUGCACAACCAACACUACCAUCCUCAAAUAGUGCUCCACCACCACCUGCUGGAGAGCAGCCCCUACCGGCAACUGUACAGCAACAAGCUGCUGGUGUAAUACCACCAAACGUAACAGCACCUCCAAACAUUUCGGCGCAGCCACCACCGGCCAACCAACAUGUUCCACCCACAUCUGCCGCAGGUCAUCAGCCACCACCACUCCAUGCUCCGAGCAAUAUGCCACUCAUGCAUCCGCAUCAUGCACAACCUCCACCACCACAACAACAUGGCGGCCCAGCACCCCCACCACCAUCCCACUUACCGCCACACAUGCAACCCCAUCCACAGGCUCCCAUGGGUUCUAUGCCACCACAUGGACCAUAUGCCCAAUAUGGACCGGCGCCAACUGGACCCACCCGUUCGCCCUAUUAUCAGCCACAGUAUGGAGCUCAUCCACCACCACAACAACCAUACGGUCAAUAUCCACCAUAUCACUAUCAACAACCCUACGGCCCACCACCAGGUUCUCAUUACAUGAAUUCUCGGCCUCCACCACAACACAAUGGCGGAGCGCCUCCACCAGGCGCUCACUAUGCACCCGAACAUGUUGGCGGUCCUCCACCACCACAAUCACAACCUGGUGGACCGCUGGGACCACCGCCUCACAUGGCCCCACAUGAUGUCUAUGGCCAGCAGCCACCACCACAACAGCAGCAGCCACCUCCUACCGGCCAUAAUCCAUUGCCACCGCAACAACAGCCAUUGCCGCCGGCUGCACCUCCGACAACAGCAGCCCCAGCAGCUGCUCAACCACCACCAGCCGAUGACGGUGGACCACCAAAAUCAGAAACCGAAGAAAGCAAAGCUGAAUAAAUGUUGAUGUCGGGGAACAACAAUUAUACUUUUAACUCGUAAUAAUUUUAAAACAUAGCUAUUAAGAUCUUCUUUUUGUAUUAAUCACCUAUCACAACCACAACAUAUUACCUACCACUCAUGAUAUGAUGUCUACAAACGAAUAAGUAACUUGAAUCACAGUUUCUUUGUCAA